UUGAUGUGUUUUGAUGAGGUUAAAAAUAUGAAUUGAAUUGACCGAAUUUGAAUGAAUGAAUAUUGCAACUAUUAGAACCGGAACCGGUAAACACAGUCGAACAGUAGUAGGAGCAUAUAUUUGUUAUUGAUAGUAUGAACUACUUUAUUCUUAUUUCAUGAAAAUGAUCAGAAAUCUCGGCUUCAGUAUGGAGCCGAACAACGAGUUUUUAAAAGAAUAUCGUGUCCUAGAAUUGUUCAGUGGAAUUGGUGGCAUGCACUACGCAAUACAUCGAUCCGGAAAACCGUACAGAAUAGUUAGCGCAGUAGACAUCAAUCCGGUGGCCAACAGCAUUUACAAUCACAAUUUUGCUACAAUCAAAGCCAAAAAUUGUAAUAUUCUUAGUUUGUGUCCAGAAUCGAUCUGUAAGCUGGAAAUCGACGUAAUGCUUAUGUCUCCUCCAUGUCAACCUUUUAGCCGGAAUGGUAACUUCGGUGAUAUAGCUGACCAUCGAGCGGAUCCGUUUGUACAUAUUUGUGAACUGUUGGAUAAAAUUCCAUCAGUGCAAUUUAUACUUCUGGAAAACGUGAAGGGUUUCGAGCGCUCACAGGCUUGCGAUUUGUACAAGACAAAACUCACUGCCGCAGGAUUCUUCUUCAAGGAGUACAUUUUAUCACCGCACAGUUUCAACAUACCAAACACUCGACAUCGGUACUACUGUGUGGCCAAACGGGAAAACUUUGAAUCACCGGUCAGUGAAAUUAUUUUGACUCCUACUUCGAAGCAUGUUCAACCGGUUAGAACUAUCGGUGAAAUCGUGGAAACCAAUGACAAUGACCUGACUAAGUAUUUACUGACGGAUGAUAUUCUACGGAAGCGAUUAGCCAUCAUGGAUGUGUGUACGAUGGAUUCCGUCAAUUCAAUGUGCUUUACGAAAGCUUACACGCACUACGCCGAAGGAACCGGUUCGGUGUACAGUCCGUUGCUACGAACCGAAUUCGAUGGCAUCUAUCGGCAGCUGGAAGUUACGGAUGACGAAGAACAAAAACGAUUGUUACGAAGUCUGCUGAAAUUGCGCUAUUUUACGCCGAAGGAAGUAGCUCGAUUGAUGUGUUUUCCAGAAGACUUUGAAUUUCCUCCCGAUGUUAGCGAUAAACAGCGCUAUCGAGUUCUGGGGAACAGCAUAAAUGUGUUGGUUGUGAGUUCGUUGUUUGACGAAUUAUAGAAUGGAAGAGUUCGAACGUUAUACAAUAAAACAGGGCGUG